CUAUGAUAUUCUGAAUCGCUUGCUAUGUUAGCACAGGAGUAUCCUGAUUUGCCAGAACAUAUGCAAGGUUCCAGAUAGAAGGGCAUGCGUCAACGUACCAAGUAUAACCGCUUCAGGAAUGAUUCGGUGACAUCGGUUGAUGAUCUGAUCCAUAAUUUUUCCAUGAACAACAAGGUCUCAUCAAUUGGUACAACUCCAACGCCAUCACCGUACCUGGUCUCGCCCGAGAUUCUUCAGAAGGACCAAGAUGGACCCACCACCCUUUGCACUCUCAUGCAUAAAGUGUCCCACUUGAAACUUUCCCACCCAGGCAGCCUUUUGGCGAUCAAGAACCUCUCCUCUGCAGUGAAGGAGCUUGCUGUCUCCAAGUUGCAGGGGAGCUCAGCAGCAGAGGCUUCAGACAACAUAUGUAACCUUGUCUCUGCCACUCCGUCUUCUCAGCAGGACAAGAGCAAGAUGAACACAGGCAAAAAAACAUGGUCGGAGGAAAUGCACCUGGGAGGGGAAGACUGGAAUCAAGGUAACAGUAUUGCCAACAAAGUCUCCCAAGGGUGGCUGCAUUCAAAUGAGAAGAUCUUGGGACCUGGAGUGACGUACAUUGUGAAGUACUUAGGAUGUAUAGAGGUCUUACGCUCCAUGAGAUCCCUUGACUUCAACACUAGAACACAGAUUACAAGGGAAGCAAUCAGCCUUGUUUGUGAAGUGGUGCCAGGAGCCAAAGGAGCCUUUAAAAAAAGAAAGCCACCAAGUAAAGCUCUUUCUAGUAUCUUGGGGAAGAGCAAUCUCCAGUUUGCAGGAAUGAAUAUAACCCUGAAUAUAUCCACCACCAGCUUAAACUUGAUGACUCCUGAUUCCAAACAGAUUAUAGCAAAUCAUCAUAUGCAGUCUAUUUCCUUUGCAUCCGGAGUAGAUGUGGAUACAACAGAUUAUGUUGCAUAUGUAGCUAAGGACCCUGUAAAUCGUAGAGCAUGUCAUAUCCUGGAAUGCUGUGACGGCCUGGCCCAGGAUAUUAUCAGCACCAUAGGACAAGCAUUUGAGCUCCGCUUUAAGCAAUACCUGCAGUGCCCUUCUAAGAUUCCUGCUCUUCAUGAUAGGAUGCAAAGUCUGGAUGAACUUUGGAUGGAAGAAGAUGGUGAGGCAGCAGAACAUCCCUAUUACAACAGCAUUCCGAACAAAAUACCUCCCACUGGGGGUCUUGUUGAUACAAGACUCAAAGCCAAGCUCCCCUCCAUUUCAGAUUCAGCUCAGUCCGCAUCAGCAAUGGGAAGAGAGCAAACAUACUACCAGAGCCAGCACAUAAGAGACCUAUUUGAUGAAGACUGGCAACAGGGACCUAGUAGGCAAGGGUCUUUGGACAUCUACAGCAUGCCAGAAGGAAAGUCUAAUGUAACCCCACCAGGAGAAGUGCCGACUUAUGUGAAUACACAACAUAUAAAUAUGGAAACUCUGCAGGCUCUUCAGGCAGAUGCUGAAAACCUGUUCACUGGAACAAUAGAAAGUACCAAAGACAGCAGCCCAGAAAAAGAUCUUUUUGACAUGAGCCCAUUUGAAGAUGCUCUCAAGAACCAAAUGCCAGGGCCCGUUUUGAACAAGGCUACCUCAGUUGAAUGUACCAGUCCUCUUCUGUCCAGAGCAGCUGGUGUGGCAGUAGCUGCAGAACUGAGCACAGAGCCCUGGUAUCAAGGGGAAAUGACCAGGAAAGAAGCAGAACAACUUUUAAAGAAAUGUGGAGACUUCCUUGUGAGGAAAAGUACCUCCAACCCAGGCUCCUAUGUCCUGACUGGUCUACACAAUGGACAAGCCAAACAUCUCCUCUUGGUGGAUCCUGAAGGAACUGUUCGUACAAAGGACCGCGUAUUUGACAGCAUUAGCCACCUCAUCAACCACCACCUUGAGAACAAUUUGCCAAUUGUCUCUUCUGGGAGUGAACUCUGCCUCCAUCAGCCAGCAGAGAAAAAACAGUGAUGCCUCUCCUCCUCCUCCCACAAUGAAACAUGCAACUGUUGUCUCUCAUGAGCAACAACCAGAAAGGAAUGGCAAAUCUAUGUCCAGAGAAAUAGAAUAUCAUGUAUUACACUUACCGUAGGUUACAGAAAUGCCAUUCCAUGUGGUACCAAGAGAAAGAAAAUUAUUCUGGCUCUCU